AAGAAGAGUUUAGGAAGCAAAGAGGAUGAUGAUAUGAUCGGAAGUGGUUCAAAUUGAAAGCCUAAUCCAAUUAUUUUCUCCGCCCAAAACCUCUUAACAAUGAGUCUCCGAUUGAUUCCGAAUUCCGGCCACUCCUUCCAUCUCCGCCGCCCCACAUUCCUCCGCUUCAACAACCAUCGCCUGAGAGUUUUCUCACCGCCCAAACACAAUCCCUCUCUUUCACUCCGCGCAGAAUCCAGCGCCAGAGAGCGUUUCUCCAACCUAAAUGAACCACCAAUGGAGGUCGAAGUAAAGCUCCGCCUUCCAGAUUCUUCAUCUCACCAGAAACUCUCCGAUCUUCUCUCUCCUCACCACAUCAAGACGCACAAUCAACAGAACAUCUUCUUCGACGGCGCCAACGCCGAGCUCUCCUCCAGCCUCGCCGUUCUCCGCAUCCGAUUCUACGAUGAUGACAGCCACUGCAUCCUCUCUCUCAAAGCGAAACCUGUAAUCUCCGGCGGAAUCAGCCGCAUCGAAGAACAUGAAGAACCGCUGGAGCCGUCGAUCGGCCGCGCCUGCGUGGAGGAACCAAAUCGUAUGCAGUUGAUGGAAUGGUCGAAGAUUUUGGAGAGAGUGAAAAAGGAGUACGGGAUUGGGAGAGAGGGAUUCGUGUGCUUGGGAGGAUUCAGGAACGUGAGAAGAGUUUAUGAAUGGAAGGGAUUGAAAUUGGAAUUGGAUGAAACUAUUUUCGAUUUCGGAAGGAAUUAUGAGAUGGAAUGCGAGAGUGAGGAACCGGAACGAGUUAUGGAUUUGUUGGAAGGGUUUUUGAAGGAGAACGGGAUCGAUUAUUCGUAUUCGGAGGCUUCCAAGUUCGCAAUUUUUCGAUCCGGGAAGUUGCCAACCUUCUGAAACUUUUCUGUUUCCAUUUGUUUGGUUUCUUUUCCCACAUAAUCAAGUUGUACUUUUUCAAUCAAAACAUGAUUAACCAUCGCCCGACACCGACACGUUCACGAUAAGUCUUCAACAAACUCAAACUUCAUUUUUAUUUUUCGCCCACUUUUGCAACUUGAUCAAAUGUUCGGCCACAUGCCAUCCAUACAUGCAAGUUUGCUCGCUACGUUCUAGCUAAUUUACCUCUAUUCUAUGCCAAAUCAUGUAGCUCACUCGAGCCAAAGUCCUUCGAAUGUAAUAUCAUACUAUCAUCCCAUCAUUGUGAUUCUCAACAA